AUGCCCUUGUAUCCCAAGAUAACUUUACUUAUGCUGUCAUAUCCAGUCUUAAACAACUUUAUAGAAACGUUAAAAGAAACCGCAGGUGUAAAAGAUAAUUCUGCUGGUACUGAAGAGGAAUGUGCACGAUUUGAUCCUCAGACUGUUGUUUUGGAUCAAGGUAUUCUGAGAGGUACUUGUUUUUGCAAUGGAAGUACUAGUAAAUACAGAGCUUUUAUGGGGAUUCCGUAUGCCAAGCCACCUGUUGGAGAACUGAGAUUUCAGCCUCCAGAACCAGUUGAAAACCGUUGCUGUGAACAAUGGGCAACUAAAUUGGGAAACAAUGCAGUUCAACAAUGCAAUAGUUUAUUCCAAACAUACACAGGACUUAAACUAAAUCCCUUUCAAGGAGAUGAAGAUUGCCUCUACUUGAACGUUUAUACUCCUUUGGUUACCGAAGAAAAUAAGGACACAAAAUAUCCUGUAAUGUUCUGGAUUCAUGGCGGGGCUUUUAAUACAGGAUCUGGUGAUUGGGAAUAUUAUGGUCCUGAUUAUCUCGUCAAACAGGACGUUAUUGUAGUCACCAUCAAUUACCGUCUCGGAGUUUUCGGAUUUCUUUGCGCACCUGAAUGGGGAAUUUAUGGAAACAUGGGGUUGAAAGAUCAGCGAGAAGCUCUCCGUUGGGUGAACAAAAAUAUCGAAAAAUUUGGUGGAGACAAAGAAAAUGUAACUAUAUUUGGAGAAUCUGCAGGAGCAGCCAGUGUACAUUAUUUGAUGAUGGAUAAAUCUACGAAUGAUUUGUAUCAAAAAGCUAUUUUGCAAAGCGGAACAGCACUAAAUCCUUUGGGCAAUCCAAUUCGAACCCCAAAAGAAGAUUUGCUAAAUGUCGACUCCAGAACCCUGCUUUCAGCAUCUUUAUCCGACGUUCCUGAUAGAGAAGACAUCAGACGAGCCACAGAACCAGUUUUCAAACCAGUAAUAGAAGAAAAAUGUGAAGCAAAUCCUGAUCCUAUAAUAACUGAAUCAGUUUUAAAACUGAUGCAGGAAGAAGGAUUACCAGAAAAAGAUGUAAUAAUUGGUUUCAACAACAUGGAAGGACUUUUUGCUUUGACACGAGUAGAUGCUGAUUGCCACGAAGUUGAAAAAACUUUAAGAGAUCCUGAAAGAGUUAUACCACGAGAUGCAUUUAUUUGGGAGAAUCCUUUGGGCCAAGAUCAAGCCAAAAUUGUGAAAGAACUGUGUGAAACUUAUGUAGAACAUUUUUAUAACGAUGAUGAUCCUGAUGAUAGACUAGGAGCAUAUAUUCAUCUCAUGGGAGAUGCCUGGUUUUUAAAUGGAAUUUAUAGAACACUCAAACAUGGAUUUGAUUACAAAAGGAAAAGUAAAUUGUAUUUAUACAUGCUGUCGGAUGAUAGUUACAGUAUUCAUAAAAAAAUAUGCUCUGAAAACUGGAACCAUUUGCGUGGAGUGGCUCAUACUGAUGAUUUGGGUUAUUUGUUCAAAAUGUCACCAAUUUUGUAUCUGUUUUCUUGGCCUUUGAAUAUUCCGACUGAUGAAACUGCUCAAAGGACUCACAAUAGAAUGGUAGUUAUGUGGACGAACUUUGCUAAAACAGGUAAUCCCAUGAAAUCCGAAUUAGUGCAAAGAUAUAGAAUCAUCGAUGCUUUAGCAGGAUACACAUGGGACCCUUGUGACAGUUUGGAUCCUAAAUAUUUAGAAAUAGGAAGACGAGACUUUGGAAUGAGACAUUUUUCAGAAAUUUAUCGCAUGUGUAUUUGGGAUAGGAUUUUUGAAACGGGAAUAAAAAAUAGUUCAAUGAAAUCGACAAAUAAACAAGUUGCAGAGAAGGCCAUUGAAAAAUAUUCCAAAAUGUUGCACAUUCCAAGUAAAUCUAAAAUGUAA